UUUACUUCAAAAAGGACGGCGGAAGAAGUCGCCGUGAUUGUAACAGUUUUUUGAAUGUGCUAAGAUUAUUUGGUGUCCGACAUGUCAGCAGAAAUUGAAAGUCUGCGAGAUGAAGUCCACAGGCUGAAGUCCGCUCUCAGUCAAUAUCAGGAUGGACAUCAGGCUCCAGCCGCAUCUGCACUGGGGGAAACCUCCAGAGGCUCUGACUCCCCUGCCUUCUGGCUCUCAGACAAAAACAUCAUGGCUCCACUUGUAGCAGAGUAUGACAGACAUGUGGAAGACAUGAAGGAGCAACUGCAGCGCUAUCAGAUGCAGAUGACUGAGCUCAAAGUGAAGCUUGAGGAAGUUGUAGAUGAAAAUGAACGGCUGCAUUCUGAAUUGAGGGAGUCCAUAGAGAGGCAGCUCCACACGCUCCCCAUUGGGUCUGGGUUAGAGGUGGACUCUAACGAAGAGGGAAUCAUGAGGAACUUACAGGAGCAGAUCCAGCUGUCUGUCCAGGAGAAGGAUCGGGCGAUGGAGAUGUGGCGUUCAGCUGCAGACGAGCUGUACCGAUUGCAGGAGACCUAUCAGAAGACGUCAUCCGAUGUGCAGGUCCACAUGGCAGAGAGACAGCACAUGAAGAACCAGUUGACCAACGUCCAGCAAGCUGCACAGCAGCUCCAGGUGGCCAAUCAGAACCUGGAGUCAACCAACCAGGAGUUCCUGAAGACGGUGACGGAGCAGAACGCGGAGAUGGAGGAGCUCCGCACCCAGCUGAGACAGGCAAAGCUGGACUUGAGAACGGCUACAGCAAAAGUGGAAGAAAUGACGAAGCUCAUGCAGAACGUUCAAGACCAAAUGCAGAGAAGGGAGGAUGAGGCAGCGGAGGCCCAUGGUAGAGAGGAGGCCUCGGACCGGCGGCUCCAGCAGCUGCAGUCGGCCCUCAGCCAACUGGAGGGCAGGCUGAAGGCGGCGACCCAGGAGACGGAGAGCGUGAGGAGGGAGCAGGCGACGCGGGAGAGGCAGGUGGGAGAGCUGCAGGGCCGCUGCACCAGCCUGGAGGAGGAGAAGUACGAGGCCAUGGCCAAGGUGCGCGAGAGCAUCCAGGCGGCGGAGGAGGCCUCUCUGCAGAAGGAGCAGGCUCUUUUGAGAGAAAAACAGAAGAGCGAAGAGCUGGAGAAGCUGAAGGAGGCCAUUAAGCAGCUGAUUCAGGACGCGGCUGUUCGAACCAGAAAAGAGGUUGAAAAUGUACGAAAGCAGUGUAACAUACAGAUACAACGAAUGGCUGAGGAACUUUCAGCUCUACAGCUGGAGUGCGCUGACAAGGAGUCUCAGAUAGAGAGGACCUUGCGGGAAAGGAAGGCAGUGGAAGAGGAACUGGAAAAGGUGUACAGGGAGGGGAGGAGCGGGGAGCCGGAGUACAGGAAGAUGGACACGCUCCACCAGAGGUGCCUGAACGCGGAGCGGAUGAAGGACGACCUGCAGAUCACGCUGCAGACCACACAGAACAGGAUGAAGAAACUGGAGAUGGACUACGAGGAGGAGCUGUCCCGGUGCCAGGAGGAGGUGCGGCGCCUGCAGGGGGCGCUGGCGGGCGCGCGGGACGACUGCGGCAGCGUGAGCGAGGAGCGCCUGCGUCUGCAGCAGGAGAACCAGAAGCUGCACCGGGAGAUGGAGGAGCUGCGCAAGACCAGCCAGCAGAUCCAGAGGAAGGCCAAACAGCAGGUGUCCUCCAUGGAGCAUGAAUUCUCCCUGAAGGAGCAGGGGCUGGAGGCCCGGCUGCGCGAGCUGGAGGAGGGCAGCCGAAACUCCAGCGUGGAGCUGAACCGCCUGCUCACAGCCCAGCAGAAAACCACGAGGCGCUGGAAGGAGGAGGCGCGAAAGCUGGCGGAGGCCUUCGAGCAGAAGCUGGGCAGCCUGAGGGCAGAGCUGGCUAGACAAAAGCAGCGCUCUCAGGAAUUGGAGAUCCAGCUGGAAGCAGACCAUGAAAAGAUUGUGGAGUAUGAGAGACAAAUGGUGGAGUACCAAGAGAAGAAUGGCCGCCUCCAGAGACGCUUAACUCAGGCAGAGCAAAGGGCCUCCACUGCAUCACAGCAGCUCAGUAUAAUAACAUCACACAGAAGGAAAGCAGCUUCCAUGUUGGACCUGGAGAGUCUGUAACCAUGCCACCUCGAACAUUAUUGUCCUUGCACAGUGUA